AUGGAGUACCUCGGAAACGUUGUGCUCUGGGCCUACCCUAGAAUGACCGUGGCGGAGCUGUUGAACGGGUGCUACAGCCAGGUGGCCGAUAUCAUUCACGCGGCGGUCUCCGCCGUCGACGACUGCUACUUCAAGUCGUUCGUUGACUUUGGGGCGCUGGCGGCGGAGAACGGGGUGGCGCUGGAGGAGACGGCGCGGUCGGCGGGGAACUUGCUGUCUCCCAACAUGGAGGUGGACAGCUGGCCGAGCUUCCAAUACCACGAGCUCGACUUCGGCGGCGGGGCCCCCGUUCAGGUCCUCACCUUCCUGCCCGUCGAGGGUCUGGCCAUCCUCUUACCCUUCGAGGAGAAGGGGGGCGUCGAUGUCCAAGUAGCGCUUCAUCCCGAUAAGGUCAGCACAUAUAAGGAGAUCGCCAACGCCCUGGACUGA